CGGACCGAUGCGAAAGAAGCUGCAACAGGAAAAUGGCUGACAGAUUCUCUCGCUUCAACGAGGAUCGUGAUUUCCAGGGGGGAAAUCACUUUGAUCAGUAUGAAGAGGGCCAGUUGGAGCUGGAACAGGCCUCCCUGGACAAGCCCAUUGAAUCGGAUAAUAUCGGGCACCGGCUCCUUCAGAAACAUGGCUGGAAGCUGGGCCAAGGUCUGGGCAAAUCCAUGCAGGGCCGGACCGACCCUGUGCCCAUCAUCCUCAAAUACGAUGUCAUGGGAAUGGGGCGCAUGGAGAUGGAGCUGGACUACGCGGAGGACGCCACGGAGAAGCGGCGUGUGCUGGAGGUGGAGAAGGAGGACACGGAGGAGCUGCGGCAGAAGUACAAGGAUUACGCGGAAAAAGAGAAGGCCAUCGCCAAAGCUCUGGAGGACCUGAGGGCCAACUUCUACUGCGAGCUGUGCGAUAAGCAGUACCAGAAACACCAGGAGUUCGACAACCACAUCAACUCCUACGACCAUGCGCACAAGCAGCGGCUGAAGGAGCUGAAGCAGCGGGAGUUUGCGCGGAACGUGUCGUCGCGCUCACGCAGGGAUGAGAGGAAGCAGGAGAAGAUGCUGCGGCGGCUGCACGAGCUGGCAGAGCAGAGGAAGCAGCCGAACCGUGCUCCUGGCAGCGGUCCCAUGUUUAAACCUACUACUGUAGCAGUGGAUGGAGAAAACAACGAUGAAGGCGCCGCCAACCUAGAGGGCACGCCCAUGGCGGACUGCGCGUCGGAGGGGUCGUCGGGGGAGGACAAGGCCGCGUCGCCCCAGCAGGCAUCGGCGGUGGGCUUCACGCUGGGCAAGAACAGCUCCUCCCCAACCCCUGCGGCGGCCCUGAUGCCCAAGGUCAGCGUGUCCUUCUCCUUUGCCAAGAAGGCCCCCGUGAAGCUGGAGACGGCGGCUGCCGUGUUCGCCGACCAGGGGGAGGAAGUGCAGGGCGAGGAGGGACAGGAGGAGGAGAAGGCCGGGGAGGAUCCCGCGGGCGCUAGCGCGGAGGGCACGAACGCUGGGGGUGAGGAGGAGCAGCAGCAGCCCCAGGCAGACGAGGGCGGGUCCCUGGCCUCCACCCUCUCCAGGCUGAAGAUGAUGAUGAAGAAGGAGGAGGGGGCCUCGGGGCAGGAGCCCCAGUACUACCAUUACGUGCCGCCUGCCCACUGCCGCGUCAAGCCCAACUUCCAGUUCCUGCUGUUCAUGAAGGCGUCGGACCAGAGCGGGAGCCACGAGGAAGAGGAGGAGGAGAAGGGUGCGUCCGCCUCCGACCCCCAGCAGAAGCAGCCGAAAGCUGCGGACAUCAACCCGGAAAAAGAGACCGGCAAGAGCCAGAAACCGCCGGUGACGGAGCCCGCCCCCACCGCGCCCACGGUGAAGACGGAAGAAGGGGCGGAAGCUGCCCCCGAAUCCGACGCUCCCUCCGAAAGAGCGCCCACGGACUGCAGCCAGGGGGCGGCCGAGCCGGGCCCCCGCCUCCCGACCGGGCCCUUCUUCCCCGUCCUCAGCAAGGACGAGAGCACCACCCUGCAGUGGCCCUCGGAGCUGCUGGAGUUCACCAGCGCCCAGCCCUCCCUGUCCUACAGCUGCAACCCGCUCUACUUUGACUUCAAGCGCUCCCGCAACAAAGGGCCCUGCGCUGGCCGGCGGGGAAAGGAGGGGACGGAGGCGGCCAAACCGGAGGCCCCGGCAACCAGCGGCGGGACGGAGGCCCCGGAGCCCCGGCCAGACAAGAAGGACGGCCCCUCCUCGAAGGAAGAGGGCGCUGAGGAGCCGAAAGAGGAGGAGAAGCUGCAGAACAACAACGGCGGCAAGAAGAAGAAAAAGAAGAAGAAGCACAAAAAGUCCGGCAAGCUCUCCAAGCGCAAGGAGACAGAGAAGGGAGCGGCGGAGGGCGAGGCGGAGGGGGAAGUCCCGGGAGGCAAGGCCAAGAAGAAGAAGAAACACAAACGGAAGAAAAACAAGAGCAAAGCCUCCGGGGAGGAGGACGGAGGGGAGGAGAGGGAGAAGGAGAAGGAGCAUGUAGCGGUGCAGGCAUCGGGGGCGGCGGAGAGCACGGAACCUGGGAAGAGGAAGCGGCCUUUGAGGGAAGAGCCGCAGAAGCCGGGAGCCGAAGCAGGGGCGGCGGGGAAGGACGCUGACAGCGCGAACCCCUCUGAGGAGCGCAACGGCACCAAGCGGCACAAGCCGGACCCCGGCGCCGCUGCGACCCUGCCCGGCACAGCCCCCGCCGGCGCCGCGCAGAAGAGCCCUGCCAGCGGGGGCGGGCGCAGCAGCGAGCAGCCCAGCAGCGAGAGCGAGGACGACGGCGGCUCCUCCUCCCAGCGCUCCGGCCGCCGGCGCCGCCGCCGCUCCACGCCCCGGCAGCCGCGCGGCGGCCGGCAUAGCGAGGACUCGGCCCGCUCCGGCAGCCGCUCCCCGCACCGGGCCCGCGGACGGUCCUACUCCAGCAGCUCUGAGCGCUCCUCGGCGGCCAGCAGCGCCUACAGCCGCCGUAGCCGCAGCUACUCGGACAGCUACAGCGACUACAGCGGGCGGGGCCGGAGCCGGCGCUCCAAGCGCUCCUCCGAGUCCGAGUACGAGCGGCGCGGCGGCCGGCGGAGGUCCCACCGCCGGCGCUACUCCUCGUCCUCCUCCACGGAGGAGUCGAGCCGCUCACGCAGUCGCGGCCGGCGGCGGGGGGGCCGGCGGGGGGGGCGGCGCCGCAGCAGCUCACGCAGCUCCGGGAGCAGCAGCAGCGGCAGCCGCAGCGGCAGCCCGCGCUCCUGGAGGCGCAGCAGCUACAGCCGCAGCCGCAGCUCGGCCAGCCGCUCCUCCAGCUCUGCCAAGGGCUCCCCGUCCUCCUCCUCCCGCCGCCGCGGCGGCCGGCGGGUCAGCCGCCGGGGCAGCUCAUCCCGCGGCCGUGACUUCAACCGCUCCCGCAUCUACCGCUCGCAGUCCCCGCGAUCCUCCUCCUCCCAUGCCCCGCCCCGCAAGGACCCGCCCCGCACCGCCGCGCACGCCGCCAGCACCUCUGCCCUGCAGCGGCCCGCCGGGAUGGCGGGAUCUAGAGGGGGCGCCGGCGAGCAGAAGAACUACCUGACAGCCCGCCAGCUCCUGGAGAAGGUCCAGUCCCGCCGCGGCUCGGACGACCCCGCCACCGGGACCAAGCCCGGCAUCAAGCUCAAGGACCCUCCUCAGGGCUACUUUGGGCCCAAGCUGCCCCCGGCGCUGGGGAACAAGGCCAUGCUGCCCCUGUUUGGCAAGCUCCCGGCGGGCAAGAAGCCCCCCCUGCUGCCCCCACACCAGCCGGAGGAGUCGGAGAAGACGGCGGCCGAGGGUGAGAGCACGGAGGCCGGGGGGGAGGUGAUCCUGGUGGAGCCCAUCCGGGAGUUCCCCCCGCCUCCUCCCCCUCCCCCCCCCUCCGCGCAGCAGGUGGAGGAGAGCGUGGAGAGCGCGGCGGCCCCCGAGGAGGCGCAGCACCCUGCCCCGGAGACACAGCCCCUGCUGGAGACGCAGCUUUUCAAACAGGAGCCCGGGGUGCUGGUGCAGCCGUACCGGGCCGAGCCCGGGCAGGAGGCACCCAACCUCAUGCUGGAGCCCCUCAUGCAGGGCAUGCAGCAGCAGCAGCAGCAGCAGGCCCUGCACCCGUACCCGGGCUACCCCCCUCACGGUUUGGAAGAGGAGGAGAUGGGCAUGGAGGCGGAGGAGGAGGAUCUGGCCCCGCUGGAGAGCCAGCCAAUCACCUUCACCCCGGAGGAGAUGGAGAAGUACAGCAAGCUGCAGCAGGCCGCCCAGCAGCACAUCCAGCAGCAGCUCCUGGCCAAGCAGGUCAAGACCUUCCCCGCCGCGGCGGCCGCAGCUGCAGCGGCAGCGGCCGCCAACCUCGCCCCGGCCCCGCCUCCCCCGGCGCUGCAGCCAAUCCACAUCCAGCAGCCGGCGGUCUCCGCCUCGGCCACCUCCAUCACCACCGUGCAGCAUGCCAUCCUCCAGCACCACGCCGCCACCGCCGCGGCCAUGGGCAUCCACCCACACGCGCACCACCCGCACCCGCACCAGCUGGCCCAGGUGCACCACAUCCCCCAGCCCCACCUCACCCCCAUCUCUCUGUCCCCGCUGGGGCCCUCCCUGGGCCACUCGCUGGGCCACUCGUUGGGCCACACGGGGCUCAUCCCCGCCCACCACACCGCCUUCCUCUCGGGCCAGCCCAUCCACAUCAUCCCCGCCUCCGCCCUCCACCAUGCCCCGCUGGCCCUGCACCACGUCCCUCAUGCCGCCCUGUACCCCACGCUUUUCGCCCCGCGCCCCGCCUCAGCCGCCGCCGCCGCCGCCCUGCAGCUCCACCCCCUCCUGCACCCCAUCUUCUCAGGGCAGGACCUCCAGCACCCCCCCAGCCACGGCUCCUGAGGCCGGCCCGCUAAAGGCGUGUCUCGAGAAGAGGCUGCAGGGCCCCUUCCUCACCGGGCCCCACUCCUGCGCCCUGCCCCUGUCUCCUCCCAUUCUGAAAAAACAUCCAGUCGGAGCUGCCCAAGACAGCUGUCCGCUCGAGAGGCAGCGUAACAGACAACAGCUGGUACUCUUUCAAUGGCAGCGUUUCAGAACAGUCAUCGGGACCGGACUGCUUACUGCGAGAGAGGGUAGAGUGGUGGGGAGGUCAGCUACUGCAGCCGGGGGUCUCUGUCUGAUGAGGUGUUUCCUGACAGAGCGAAGGACAGAGGCGUUCUGCGGGCUUCUGAAAUUUCCUGGUCUCCGCCCCAGUCCGUGGCCUCCUCUGGAUUCUUGGCAGGGUCUGAAGUCGUGGGAAGCCAGAAAAACCACUGGAGUAUUUUUCUUAAGUUUGUUAAUAUUGCUAUUAAUGUUAUCGUUGAAUUCUUAUUUGUUUCAUGCAGCCAAAGAGAUGCAGUGGCUGAAGCCAUAAGCAGGAUCUGCUAUAUGUUUUAGCAGGAGGGGGAGUCCUGAAAUGAUAGCGGCCCUGACUUGGAAAGUAAAAAUAAAAUCAAACCAGACAGUUCUCUGUACCGAAACCAUGCCUGUGAAAAUGUUAGUGUGCUGUCAACAAUAUUCUUUAGUAUACUCACCGCUUAAACACAAAACUCACAUCCACUUGUAUUUUACAUGACAUGAUCGGACAUCCAUUCCUUUAUAAGAAAUUAAGCCAGGGGUUUAAUAGCCCAAUGGUCCUUGUGAAAACUUGCAUCAUAAACCAGUAUACCCUUUUGCCCCAAAUCUGUUGCUAAGGAAUAACCAGACUUCCUAACUUAGAUUUAACCAGUCAUAAUCACAUGAAUUAACAACCUAAAAUGGGCUUAGCCUGUGACUCCUAACUCAUUUAUGAAACCUCACACAGUGAAUUGUACAUGUUGUACAUUUUAAUAGACUAACAAGGGCCCUCUUUGUGUGAUUCACCACACCACUGGGCAACAGAGACCCCAGCACUGCACACCACUGAUGCUCUGUACAGUGAACAUACAUGAAAACACAGAUAAUAACAGUUUGGGUCAGAGGCCAUGCUCCCUGUCAAUGUGGAACAUUCUAAUGAAUUGCACUGAAAUAUUUGCAUUAAUAUGCUGCUUUUGUAGCAUGUAACAAUGCCAUGAUUGUAGUAUACUGCAAUAAUUUUAUUUUUUAUUUCCUUUGUAUUUAAUUUAUUUUCCAAACUGCUCUUUGAAGAGACGGUGUUUUGUUUUCCUCUAAUAUUUAGUUCAAUGUAAAAAAGGGUUGCUGUAGUUUAACUGACUUGUAAACUUGUAGGGGUUUGUAGGUCCUGAAUGAAUUUGAACUCACAAAAAUCAUGAAAACGCUGAAGUAAAACAAAAUACUUGGCAUGUACAUUUUCCAAAGUCACUGUAUUUCAACAAUUCACUCUGAAUUAAUGAAAUGAAAAGAAAGUUUUUGAACAUGAAGUGUAUCCUGUAAAUGGUAAGAAUGUGAUUUGCUUUUUUAAAAAAAAAUUUAACGUGGUACAUUGGUGAAUAAAAGGUGUUGAGAUCCAUCGGCCUUUUAUUGUUGCAACCAGCCUUCUGCUGAGCUUAACUAAAGCAAUGUGCCUUCUGUGAUGCACCAGUGUCACACCUGUAGACAGAGACAGACUUUACCCCUUGGAAGGACAGAAGAGAAAGACUACACUAGCAGCAGGUUACACCUCAGCCCCGGGACAGAAACAUACAUAAUAGAGAGGGUCUGGCCCAUAUUACUGGCUAGACAUGUUUCCCACUGACUGGUAACUCUGUUUCAGCUUGUUAUAAAACGAGCAAUAUUUACUUUAAGAAAUUGAUUUUUGAUCUGUGUCAUCAUAACCGGUGAAGCAUCAACGGAACAGUGCCAGCUAAUGCCAGCAGGGGACCCCAGACACACCUAAGUAUAUGUUUUCCAGGAAUUUCUUGUGUUUUCAGACUUAAAAUACACAGUUUCCCACUUGCGAGAAAAGGCAAUAGUCAGUGGUGUGUACUCCUGUUAUUUAGUGAGCCCUUGAGGAGACCUGCUGUCAGAGGACUCCCCCUGCUAGUCUCCCAUGCACUGAAGGUCUAACUGUACCAUGUUAUUAUACCUUACAGUAAAAGGUAUACCUGAACAGUGGUUGUCAACACCCCUUUUACCCCUGUUAAACAACGUGACAGGUGGUUAUAUUGCUGUUAA